CAAAGAUUUAGCCUGGUGGAAGAAAAUGGAGAGCUUUGGAUACGUGCAAACCAAGGCCACACAAUCACAACAGUUGAAACUGAAAGCUUGUUGAAGCCUACUUCUGCUGAUGAAGUUCCAGUCUGUGUACACGGGACGUACAAGAGAAAUUUGGAAUCAAUUUUGGAACAAGGGCUGAAACGCAUGAAGAGUGCAUGUCCCUUUUCAUGUGGUUUGCCAACAGAUGGUGAAGUAAUAAGUGGUAUGAGACGAGGUGUAAAUAUCCUGAUCUUUCUUGAUGUGAGAAAAGCUUUGGAAGAGGGAAUGAAGCUUUAUAUCUCAGACAACAAGGUGAUCUUGACUGAGGGUUUUGAAGGUGUUGUACCAGCGAAAUAUUUUCAGAAGAUUGAAUCAUGGCCAGACAGGAAACCCAUUUCCUUUUGAUCUUUGUACGUUGUAUAUUAACAUGUAUAAUUUGAUGCUGGCUAGGUAUUUUUUUGUUACAGCAAUGGCUACUGUUUAGCUUGAAAUAGAGCUCCUUUGGAGCUUUGGUUCUCUCUUUUACCCUUUUUUCCCCCUCUCGAGUAACGAGAGGGUUUUUAGCUUAAAUUGCAAUGGAAGGCGGAGGAGUAAUCUCUGUAAAAGAUCCUGUAUUUGAAGCU